UCUUGUGAAAUACCGUAAAGCAGCAAAUCACAGGACCGCAAAAGCCGUGAAUGGCCAUGGAGUUGCAUAAAUAAAGAAAGAAGGAAUCCUGAAAGUUGUUUCUUGCUUGUAAGCCUGCAAAUGCAUUUUCACUAGGGUUUCUGUUUUUAACCCUUCGUAUUAGAUCUCGAUCCAUCUCUUAGCUUUUUAAUCAAUGGCUCAACUUACGCGAUCAACCGGCAAAGUCACCUGGUUCGAUGACAUCAAGGGCUAUGGUUUCAUCAAGCCUGAUGACGGUGGUGCAGAUCUCUUCGUCCAUCACAAAUCCAUCAAAUCCGACGGUUACCGUACUCUCUACGACAACCAGCCCGUCGAAUUCGAUGUUCAGCUCGAACCGGACGGCAAAUACCAAGCCCUUGAUGUCACUUCUCCCGGCGGCGGACCAGUUCACUCUCCUAAGAAAGACAACGGUUACAGCCGUGGCGGUGGACGUGGCGGAAACUGGAAAGGUUCCAACGAUAACAGGAGAAACAAUAAUGGGUUCGCGUCUGGUGGAGUGGUUUGUUAUAACUGCGAUGGAGUGGGACACGUGGCAAGGGAGUGUACUAGUAACAAAAGAAACGGAAGCUAUAAUGGCGGUGGUUGCUAUAACUGUGGGAAUCCCGAGCAUUAUGCCAGAGAUUGUCCACGUACACAGAAUAACAACGGUGCAGGUGGAGGUGGGUGUUUCAAGUGUGGUGGUUAUGGGCACUUAGCGAGGGAUUGUGUAAACAGGGGAAGCGGCACUGGCCGUUGCUAUACAUGUGGAAAGUCAGGCCACUUGGCGAGGGACUGUGUUGAGGGAAGUGGCGGCGGCGGUGGGAGUUAUAGCGGUGGCGGUGGUUCGUGCUUUAACUGCGGGAAGCCAGGGCACUUCGCAAGGGAAUGCACAAAGGAGGAAAUCUGAUUCCAUCCACCGGAUUGUUGAGGAAAAUUUCUUCCAGUUUUGAUAAUUUUCUAAUCGGGCACUUAUCUUCAAUGGUGAAUUUGUGUUUUGGUUAUAUAUAGAUGGUUUUUAUUGUUCUUUGCUUCAAUCCAGGCGCUGACAGACUCUGAGUGUCAUAAUUUGACUGAAACAUUGUAAUGGAUUUUGGUGUAUGAAUUUUCAGCCUUGAAAUUGGUGUCAA